UCCGGCCGAGGGAGCAGCUGCUGACCCAGCUGUGGACUGUGCCAGGGAAGGAGGAAGGGGGGGCCGGAGCCCUGGGGCUGCAUCAUGGACCCCCGGGGCCUGCCCCUCUGGCGGGGAGUCGGCUCCCUCUGCCUCCUGCUAGCUGGAGCCGCCUGGGCUCCCCCUUCCACCCCCACGGACUUCAAGUUCGAGAGCAAAGCGGCCAUGCUGGCGGCGCGCGGACCCCAAGGACUCUUCUGCUUCACGGAGCGGCUGGAGGAUCUGGUGUGCUUCUGGGAGGAGGCGGCCGGCGCCGGGGUCGGCCCCAACAACUACAGCUUCUCCUACCAGCUCGAGGGCGAGCCCUGGAAGUCGUGUCGCGUGCACCAGGCGCCCACGGCCCGAGGCUCGAUGCGCUUCUGGUGCUCGCUGCCCACGGCCGACACGUCGAGCUUCGUCCCCCUGAAGCUGCGCGUCGGGGUGGCUCCCUCCAGUCCUCCGUUCUUCCAAAAGGUCAUCCACAUCAACGAAGUGGUGCUCCUGGACCCUCCCGUUGGGCUGCUGGCCCGGCGGGCCGACGACAGUAACCACGUAGUGCUGCGCUGGCUCCCGCCGCCUGGGGCCCCCAUGGCCAGCCUCAUUCGUUAUGAAGUGAAUAUCUCCACUGGCAGCUCCGCAGGGGGCGCGCAGAGGGUGGAGAUCCUGGACGGGCGCACCGAGUGUUUGCUCAGCAACCUGCGGGGCGCGACCCGUUACACUUUCGCCGUCCGCGCUCGAAUGACCGAGCCCAGCUUCGGUGGCUUCUGGAGCGCCUGGUCGGAGCCUGCAACGUUGGUGACGGCUACCGACCUGGACCCGCUCAUCCUGACGCUCUCCCUCAUCCUCGUGCUCAUCCUGCUGGGGCUGGCCGUGCUCGCGCUGCUCUCCCACCGCCGAACGCUGAAGCAGAAGAUCUGGCCUGGUAUACCAAGCCCCGAGAGUGAGUUCAAGGGCCUCUUCACCACCCACAAAGGGAAUUUCCAGCUGUGGUUGUAUCAGAACGAUGGCUGUCUGUGGUGGAACCCCUGCACCCCCUUCACGGAAGAUCCUCCUGCUCCCCUGGAAGUGCUUUCUGAGCGUUGCUGGGGGGUGAAGCCUGUCCUGGAGCCAGGGACUGAGGACCAGGGACCCCUGCUGGAACCAGUAGUCACUGAGCAUACACGGGACUCUUACCUGGUGCUAGACAAGUGGCUGCUGCCCCGGAGUCCCUCUGGUGAGGACCUCCCAGGGUCUAGGGACUCUGUGGACCCAGCAGCCUUGGCCGAUGCCUCCGAAGCAUCCUCUUGUUCCUCUGCCUUGGCUGCAAAGCCUGGGCAUGAGGGGGCCUCAGCAGUCAGCUUUGAGUACACCAUCCUGGACCCCAGUUCCCAGCUCCUGUGCCCUAGACCGUUCCCCCCUGAGCUGCCCCCCACGCCACCCCACCUAAAGUAUCUGUACCUCCUGGUAUCCGACUCUGGCAUCUCAACCGACUACAGUUCAGUGGCCUCUCAGGGAGCCCAAGGGGGGCCCUCCAGUGACCCCUACCCCAACCCUUAUGAGAACAGCCUGGGACCAGCCACGGAGACUUCGCCUCCCAGCUACGUGGCCUGUUCCUAG